UCUGAUCACUGUUAUGUCAUUUGUGGUCAUGUUAAAAAAAAGGACAAAAUGACGUCACUACGUCGUUUGUUUUCGUACUAAAGCGAUUGUCAACAUGUUGCGCGAUCAGAGCUCAAUAUAGUAUAGAUUCACGUUGAAGACAUUCCCAGUAAAAGUGAUUAAGUCUUAUGGGAUCAGGAGGAGUAAAUUCAGGAUGAACUGAGGAUUUGCCAUUUAAUGUUACCUUUACGGCGUUAGAAUGUACAAAAACAUGUUUUCUUUUUGCUUACAACGCAGAAUUGAGCUGUAGGCUUCCAUGGUCAAGUAGCGGUUGAGAGCGAUGGCUUUUUUCCGCCAGCUUAUCCUGUUGCUGUGGAAGAACGUCACCUUCCGAAGGAGAAACAAGAUUCAACUGAUCAUCGAAAUCAUCUGGCCGCUCUUGCUCUUUCUCAUCCUCGUUGCUGUUCGCAGAUCAAAUCUUCCUUUCGAACAAGGCCAAUGUCACUUUCUUAACAAAGCUUUGCCGUCAGCAGGCACCUUGCCUUGGAUGCAAGGUAUAAUCUGCAACAUCAACAAUCCCUGCUACAGCAGCCCGACUCCAGGGGAGACUCCGGGCCACGUUGGCAACCAUGACAACUCCAUAAUUUCUCGCGCCUUUGUGGACGCACAGACGCUUUUGUCCCGGACUGCAAACCAGGAUCUCCCAGACCUGCAGCAGCUGAUGGACAGCAUCGAGAGGCUGGCAGGCAUGCCUGGAAUCUUACCAAAAGAUCGCAGAAUAGCAGACUACCUGAAAGCCAAUGAGACAUUUUCCGCCUAUUUGCGAGACACUGCCAAGAUGUCACCUGAGACUGUUGAUCAGCUGCUCAAGGCCCGCAUCAAUUUUCAGUAUUUUCUAGCAAGACCUCAAGUGCAGUUCAAGGACUUGGCGUGCAAUCUAAAUUCGUUAAGAGAGCUACUGACUGUGGACGAAGGGGAAACCGCUCUGGUCGAUCUGCAAUCUCAGCUGUGUAACCUGCCCGCUGACAUCCUGAACGAUGCACAGCGCCUCUUUCUGUCUCAGGUGGACGCAAGACCGUUGUUCACGAUGGACAAGGUCAUUCCGGCCAAUGUGACCGACCGGUUGGAAAUCAUGCAAAGCGUCAAGUCUGUUUCCCAGCAGCUGAAUGUCAUCAUGGCGAGUUUCCCGUCACUUUCCAGUUUCAUGGACAUGAGCAAGGAAUUCCGCCUCGUGUUUUCAAAGGAUCGCACCGUUCUACACCAGCAACGUUUUCAGGCUUUCUCAAACAUCAUGUGUCGUCGCAGUGAUAACGGUGAACCCAUCCCUUCAAUCAAUUGGUAUGAAGACCUGGGCGGCAAGGCCAUCUUGGAGAAAACCAGCACUGAAGACAAGAACCUUCAUCGUGGCCAUCACAACAACACUCCAUUUUGUCAGAAGUUUAUUAGAGAGCUUGAAUCCAGUCCUCUGACUCGCAUUGCAUGGCGAGCAAUGAAACCGCUUUUGGCUGGAAAACUCCUGUACGCACCCAACACGCCUGCAGUUGAACAAGUUAUGAAAGAGGUGAACCAGACUUUUCAAGACCUGGAGAUCUUCCAGGAUCUAGCCAAGGCUUGGUCGGAGCUUGGGCCCAAAAUCAAGAAUUUUAUGAUGACUCGUAAGGAAGUUGCGCAACUGAAGCGUUUGCUUAAGAAUCCAGAUGUUGCUGAGCUGGUCGACCUGCAACUGCAGAACUCAUCCUGGACAGCCUCGCAGAUUGGAUAUUUCCUAUCCAGUCCCUCGCCGCAUGCACCACCACCGAAGCCUGGAGAACCUUCAACCUGGUUGGAUACCUACAAUGACCUCAACCUCACCAUCACAUCUCUUGCACAAGUCUCUCAGUGUUUCUCCACCAACAAGAUGGAGGGGUUGAGUAGUGAAGACCAGCUGAUCAGCAGGGCUUUGGAGCUGGUGGAGAACAGACAGUUUUGGGCAGGGGUGGUGUUCCUGCUUCCUGACUCUUCUUCUCCUGAGCUGCCGCCGCAUGUCACGUACAAGAUUCGAAUGGAUAGCGAGGAUGUUACCCGUACUCAUAAGAUCAGGGACAGGUUUUGGCAUCCCACCGCGGCAGCUGACCCCUUUAAAUACAUGCGCUACGUUGUGAGUGGAUUUGUGUAUGUUCAGGACUUGGUAGACAGAGCUUUGACUCGCAUCUUGACCGGAGCGCCACAAAAGACCGGCAUCUACGUUCAGCAGAUGCCGUAUCCAUGCCAUGUGGAUGAUGGUUUCCUCCGAGUGCUGAACCGCUCCCUGCCCCUCUUCAUGACGCUGGCGUGGAUCUAUUCAGUGGCGAUGAUCAUCAAGGGUGUGGUGUACGAGAAGGAAGCCAGGCUGAAGGAAACCAUGAAAAUCAUGGGGGUGAAUUCAGGGACCCUGUGGCUCAGCUGGUUCAUCAGCAGCCUCGUACCGUUCCUGCUGUCGGCUGCACUCCUUAUUGCUGUGGUGAAGUUGGGCGACAUCCUUCCGUACAGCAACCCGAUUGUCGUGUUUUUUUUCCUGUCGGCGUUUGCCACCGCCACUAUCAUGCAGUGUUUCCUCAUCUCGACUUUCUUCUCCAAGGCCAACAUGGCCGCUGCAUGUGGAGGGCUUAUUUACUUCAGCCUCUACCUUCCAUACAUACUAUGUGUAGCCUGGCAAGACCAGCUCAACACAUAUCAUAAAAUAUUUGCCAGUUUUCUGUCUCCUGUGGCAUUUGGAUUAGGGUGCGGGUAUUUUUCACAGUAUGAGGAGCAAGGCAUCGGAAUCCAAUGGCACAACUUGCAGUCCAGUCCUGUUCAGGGAGAAUCCUACAACCUGAGUACGGUUAUAGUUAUGCUUUGGGUGGAUGCCUUCAUCUACGCCGUUGCAGCCUUGUACAUCGAAGCCGUGUUCCCCGGUGACUAUGGCAUCCCCCAACCGUGGCACUUCGCCUUUCAUAUCAACUACUGGAUUGGAAUACCUCUGGAAGCCGGCAUGCCCAUUCCGUGUGCCCCUCCUGAGCAGGAUGAAGAUCACAUAGAACCAGAACCGAGUAACCUGGUCCUUGGUGUCAACAUAUCAAACUUGGUGAAACUCUACAAGAAGGGAGCCAAGUUGGCUGUCAAUCACCUCAACCUGAAGUUCUACGAGGGGCAGAUCACGUCCUUUCUGGGUCACAACGGAGCAGGCAAAACUACUACCAUAUCUGUCCUGACUGGUUUGUUCCCACCUACCUCGGGGACAGUAUUCAUCAAUGGGAAGGAUAUCCGCUACGAUAUGGAUGUCAUUCGAAGAACCUUGGGAGUAUGUCCACAGCACAAUGUCCUCUUUGACACUCUGACAGUGGAUGAGCACAUGUGGUUUUAUGGAUGUCUAAAGGGUUUGACUGAAGACCAGGUCAAGGCAGAAGUGGACUCUCUUCUCGAUGAUGUUGGUCUGCUUCACAAGCGACACGAACAGACCAAAACUCUCUCUGGUGGAAUGAAGCGGAAGCUGUCUGUGGCAAUUGCAUUCAUUGGCGGCUCCAAGGUGGUUGUUUUGGAUGAACCUACUGCAGGGGUUGACCCGUACGCCCGCAGGGGGAUUUGGGACCUGCUGCUCAAGUACCGCAAAGACCGAACCAUCAUCCUGUCCACUCACUACAUGGACGAGGCGGAGCUGCUUGGUGAUCGCAUCGCCAUCAUCUCCAACGGGAAGCUAUGCUGCUGCGGCUCUCCGCUCUUUCUUAAAUCCAAACUGGGAUCUGGCUACUAUCUGACUGUGGUCAAGAAGGACCCGUUGAACCCCAGCACACCCACCACUACCAGCAUCGACGCUGACAAGCCUGCUCCUGCCAAGGAUUGUGGGUUGUUGGUUUGUGGAGACAUCAGGCUGGCGAGUGACGAUAAAACAUCAUAUGUGGCUGCACUGCUCUCCAUGGCACAACACCACAUUCCUGGUGCAAAGCUGGUAGAAGAGUCAGGUCGUGAGGCGGUGAUAAAUCUACCCAGGGAGGCGGCAAAGAACAGCAGCAUGGCCGUCUUCCUGUCUGAACUGGAUGGGAAGCUAGCUGAGCUUGGAAUCAGCAGCUACGGCUUGUCUGACAGCACAUUGGAAGAAAUCUUUCUUCGAGUGGCAGCGGAAACUGAUGUUGAUGCCGAACCAGAGAUGGACGUCAAUCCUUCUCAGCUGCUUCACCCAUCAAAGCAGAGGCAACAGUCAGAACCUCUGGAGAUGGACAUGCUGAGUGGAGAUGGUCGAGGGAGGUUACCGUUGACUGGAUGGCGACUGACCUGGCAGCAGCUGAGAGCUCUCUUCAUCAAACGAUGCUUGUAUGCUCGCAGGAGUCGUCGGGGACUCUUUGCUCAGAUUGUCCUACCUGCUGUGUUUGUGCUGGCCGCUCUGACAGCCAGUGUCCUUAUUCCACUACAAGGGGAGUACGUCGCCCUGAAGCUCCAGCCCUGGAUGUAUGGAGAACAGUACACUUUCUUUAGCAAUGACGCUCCUGGAAAUCAAACCAUGAACAACCUACUGGAUGCUCUGCUGGACGAGCCAGGUUUUGGAACCAAGUGUAUGAAGAUGGAAAACAACAGCGUGAGCCCUCAAUGUGACAUCCAGCCGGGGCGUAUGUUCAUGAGACCUCAGGUCUCCUACUCCACCUUGGAAAUGUUCAAUAAAGGCAACUGGACCAAAGAGAGACCUUCUCCAGAUUGUCAAUGCAGCACACAGAGUCAAAGACGGAUGCUCCCUGAUUGCCCGGACGGGGCAGGCGGACUUCCGCCCCCGCAGAUCAAGAGGCAGACUGGUGACAUUCUCCAAAACCUGACCAGUUAUAACAUCACAGAUUACCUGCUGAAGGCAUACCCACAAAUUCUUCAUAUGAGAAUUGAGUCCAAGAAGUCGGUGAAUGAAUAUAGGUUUGGCGGUUUCUCCCUGGGAGGAAAUACGAUCCAGUCUUCAUCUGAAUCGUCCGUCCAAAAUUCCAUUCAGGCACUCAAAACCCGCUACUCUGUUCCACAGGAUAGUGCGUUGGACCAAUUCCUAAACAAGCUACCUGGUGUUAUGGAACGACUUAACACUGAAAACAACGUCAAGGUUUGGUUCAAUAACAAAGGCUGGCAUGUUAUGGUGUCAUUCGUUAAUGUGAUGAGCAACGGCCUUCUCAGAGCCGGCUUACCUCGCGGUCCGCAGAGACAAAGACAUGGUAUCACCGUCUAUAAUCACCCUUUGAAUCUCACCAAGGAGCAGCUUAGCCAAGUAGCCAUGAAGACAACAGCGGUGGACCUCGUUAUUUCCAUCUGUGUGAUAUUUGCAAUGUCCUUGGUGCCGGCCAGCUUUAUCCUUUUCCUGAUUGAGGAGCGAGCCCGUAAAGCCAAACACCUCCAGUUUGUCAGUGGUGUCAAACCGAUUCUCUACUGGGUGACCAACUUCUCCUGGGACAUGCUGAACUACACGGUCCCGGCUGUCAUGGUGGUGCUCAUCUUCCUCUGUUUCCAGCAGCAGGCUUACGUCUCCAAUAACAACCUGCCAGCUCUCAUCUUGCUUCUCCUCUUCUAUGGGUGGUCCAUCACUCCUCUGAUGUACCCAGCAUCCUUUAUAUUUAGCAUCCCCAGCACGGCUUAUGUUUUUUUGACGUGCAUCAACCUCUUCAUCGGAAUCAAUGGCAGCAUUGCAACAUUUGUCCUGGAAUUGUUUGAAGAUGAGUAUUUGAGGGAGGUGAACAAAGUCCUGAAGAAGAUGUUCCUCAUCUUCCCGCAUUUCUGCUUGGGACGAGGACUCAUCGACAUGGCGAAGAGCCAAGCCAUAGCUGACGCCCUUCAGAGACUGGGCACCAUGCAUACCCCUGACCCGUUACAGUGGGACAUUGUCGGGAAGAACCUCUUCGCUAUGGCAGCAGACGGUCUUUUCUUCUUUAUUUUCACCGUACUGCUACAAUACAAGUUCUUCAUGUGCUGCAGGUACAUGCGUAAACACAUUUGUUUAUUUCCUUUAAUUGUAAGAAUCCCAUCAGAAGAGUUCUGGUGUGUCUUUUAUGUGUCUAGACCAUGGUGGCUUGUCUCUGAGGUUCCUCCUCUCGGCCCAGAAGAUGAAGACGUAGCCAAGGAGAGACAGAGGGUCAAAAGCGGGAAAGCGGAUACGGACAUCCUGACCAUCAUGGACCUCAGCAAAGUGUAUAAAGCUGGCAGGAAGCCGGCAGUGAAUCGUCUCUGUCUGGGAAUUCCUCGUGGCGAGUGUUUUGGCCUGCUUGGUGUCAAUGGAGCAGGAAAGACAUCAACGUUUAGCAUGCUAACAGGAGACACACCCAUCACUUCUGGAGAGGCUUUCCUCAACCACCACAGUGUCCUGACUGAGAUGGAGAAGGUUCACCAGAUGAUGGGCUACUGCCCGCAGUUUGACGCUAUUUGUGACCUUCUGACUGGCAUGGAGCAUUUGGAGCUGUACGCGCGUCUGCGGGGGGUUCCUGAGGAGUCUGUCACCAAGGUGGCCGGGUGGGGUGUGAAGACGCUGGGACUGAGCGAGUAUGCCGAACAAGAGGCUUGGCGUUACAGUGGAGGCAACAAGAGAAAGCUUUCCACUGCCAUCUCCUUGAUUGGAGCUCCACCCGUCAUAUUUCUGGAUGAGCCCACCACUGGCAUGGACCCAAAAGCUAAAAGGUUCCUGUGGAACUGCGUCCUCAGCGUCACCAAAGAGGGAAGGGCUGUAGUUUUGACCUCUCACAGUAUGGAGGAGUGUGAGGCUCUCUGCACCAGAAUGGCCAUCAUGGUCAACGGCAGCUUCCGGUGUCUCGGCUCAGUGCAGCACUUGAAGAACAGAUUUGGCGACGGCUACACCAUCAUCCUCCAUCUGACGGACAGGACAUCAAACCCGGACUCCAGCCACAUCCACGAUUACAUCACUCGCACCUUUCCCGCCGUUGAGCUGAAGGAGCAGCACCACAACGUGCUGCAGUACCAACUGCCAUCGCACGCCUGCUGCCUUGCUCGACUGUUUGACGGGCUGGCCAACCGCUACAAGGAGCUGGGAAUUAGUGACUUCUCUGUUUCACAAACCACCCUGGACCAGGUCUUUGUCAACUUUGCAAAAGAGCAGACUGACGACUACCAGCUCAUGGACGGGAUCAUCAGUGAUGAGGAAGUAGAAACCAACCUGGCCUCCCCGCACACUCAGAUCAACCCUCCAAGCACCCAUUCCUCGCCAUUAAUCCCCCUGCAGCAAAGGCAGUUCAAAGUUCAGGCAGAAAAGAAAGGUAGAAAAACAGGUAAACGCCGUCGACGCUCGAGCGGUCGUAACGAUGAGAACGGCGGCACUCAGGGAGCGGUGAGUGUGUCAAAUCCUCGCCGUAAAGAUCCUUCUGCUCUUUUUAUAGUUGGCCCGAGCACAGAGGACACAGCGCUGUGACAAAGUCAGCAUUCAGCUUACGAGUUCUGUUUGGGUUUCAGUUCAGUUGGAAUCUGGAGUCAAUCUGGAACUGAAGCGGUUUAGAACCCAGAAAGCUCCUGAAGCACUUAUGAGCAUAAAUCAACGUUACAGCACAGUUUUGAGAAUAACAGUGUUGGUUUACUGGGGUGAGCAGCGUGUAACCUUUCGGUGACGUGUGUGUGCAGGUGCAGGCUGCGCUUCGCCUGCGCCAAAAAUAGACCACAUUGGAGCUGGCGAUCUUUCAGGCCAACUUUAUUUAGUGCGCUGUCUUGUCACGAAAUUAUCACUGCGCCAAAUUGAAAAUGUGCACACCUCCCAUGGUGCGCCACCGCGCCCAUCUCGGCACAGUCCAAUCUACCAAAUUAGUUGCGCACCAGUGGUGCGCCGGACCAAAUUACCACUGUGUGAGCUGCGCCACGAAAAAAUAUUGCCAAAUUAUCACUACGCCAAACUGAAAAUGUGCACACCUCCCAUGGUGCGCCGCCACGCCCAUCUCGGCGCAGUCCAGUCUACCAAAUUACUAAAUUGGUUGCGCACCAAACUGAAAAUGUGCACACCUCCUCUGGUGCGCCUCCACGCCCAUAACGGCGCAGUCCAGUCUACCAAAUUAACAAAUUGGCUGCGCACCAGUGGUGCGCCGGACCAAAUUACCACUGUGUGAGCUGCGCCAUGAAAAAAAAUUGCCAAAUUAUCACUGCGCCAAAUUGAAAAUGUGCACACCUCCCAUGGUGCGCCAUCACGCCCAUAACGGCACAGUCCAGUCUACCAAAUUACCAAAUUGGUUGCGCACCAGUGGUGCGCCAGACCAAAUUACCACUGUGUGAGCUGCGCCAUGAAAAAAAAUUGCCAAAUUAUCACUGCGCCAAAUUGAAAAUGUGCACACCUCCCAUGGUGCGCCAUCACGCCCAUAACGGCACAGUCCAGUCUACCAAAUUACCAAAUUGGUUGCGCAUCAGUGGUGCGCCGGACCAAAUUACCACUGUGUGAGCUGCGCCAUGAAAAAAAAUUGCCAAAUUAUCACUGCACCAAAUUGAAAAUGUGCACACCUCCCAUGGUGCGCCAUCACGCCCAUAACGGCACAGUCCAGUCUACCAAAUUACCAAAUUGGUUGCGCACCAGUGGUGCGCUGGACCAAAUUACCACUGUGUGAGCUGCGCCAUGAAAAAAAAUUGCCAAAUUAUCACUGCGCCAAAUUGAAAAUGUGCACACCUCACAUGGUGCGCCGCCACGCCCAUCUCAGCGCAGUCCAGUCUACCAAAUUGGCUGCGCACCAGUGGUGCGCCGGACCAAAUUACCACUGUGUGAGCUGCGCCAUGAAAAAAAAUUGCCAUUCUGAAAACUGAAGCAGCAGACCUUAUGAAAAUUAAUAUUUGUGUUAUUCUCAAAACUUUAAAGUAGUAUACUUUAAGUAGUAUAUCAUCCUCUGUAGUACUGAAACUCGGUGCUUCCAGUAUUUUACUUCAGUGCCUUUUCAAACCUUUUUACAGCUUCUCUGUCUUCCUCUCUUUUCACGGCAUAGAAAGAUUUCAGGCUUCCUACUAUUAUUUAGAGUUAAAAUACAACCGUGUUCGGCAUUCCUCAGGGCCUGGUUGUCAGACCUCUUACAAUGUCAACCUAUUUUUUUGCACUUUAAAAAGGAAAAAUGCCGUAAACACUGAAUUUAUACUUAUGAUAUUGUGAUUGUGGCGGCACGGUGGUCGAGUGGUUAGCGCACAGACCUUACAGCUAGGAGACAAAGGUUCAAUUCCACCCUCGGCUAUCUCUGUGUGGAGUUUGCAUGUUCUCCCCGGUUUCCUCCCACAUUCCAAAAACAUGCUAGGUUAAUUGUCAACUCCAAAUUGUCCAUAGGUAUGAAUGUGAGUGUGAAUGGUCGUUUGUCUAUAUGUGCCCUGUGAUUGGCUGGCCACCAGUCCAGAGUGUACCCCGCCUCUCGCUCGAAGACAGCUGGGAUAGGCUCCAGCACCCCCACGACAGUAUCACUCGGAUACUGUGAACAUCCAGCAGCAACACAACAUUUUGGCAUGACUACUAUUUUGAUGAAAAAUAUACUGAACCAGGGCUGUACAAAGGACGGCUGGGAUAGGCUCCAGCACCCCCUGCGACCCUUGUGAGGAUAAGCGGUAGAAAAUGGAUGAAUGAAUGAAUGAGUUCUCCUCCUAUUUUGUGUGGAAGUGGUAACUUUUUGGCUUCUUAUUUUGUCUUUCCCCACCCUCGGCCAUCUCUGUGUGGAGUUUGCAUGUUCUCCCCGUGCAUGCGUGGGUUUUCUCCGGGUACUCCGGUUUCCUCCCACAUUCCAAAAACAUGCUAGGUUAAUUAGCGACUCCAAAUUGUCCAUAGGUAUGAAUGUGAGUGUGAAUGGUUGUUUGUCUAUAUGUGCCCUGUGAUUGGCUGGCCACCAGUCCAGGGUGUACUCCACCUCUCUCACCCGAAGACAGCUGGGAUAGGCUCCAACACCCCCCCGCGACCCCCGUGAGGAAAAGCGGUAGAAAAUGAAUGAAUGAAUGAACAUAUUUUUUUCCAUUGUCUGUGCUUUAUAACACAAGAAAACAAGUUAAUUUCAGCUACCGUACAAUGCUAUCAUUUGGGAUACACCUAUUUUGACUAUGAAUCCCUCUAAAAACAGCGGCGACAACACUUAUGUUGCCCGCUCUCCUUGAGAUGGCUGUCUCUUCCAGCACACGUGUGCUCCAAAAACAGUAUACUGUUACAUAUUUAUUGUAUUUAUUAUCAUACGUAUUUUAAAAAUGUGUGUAUAACUAUUGUUUACCAACCAAAAAUUCGUUCUUGUUGACUUGACUGUCCAAAUCACUCGGUGAAUACACUGUGAUGUCAUGCUGGAGGGGAGGGAAAAAAUAUAUAUAUUAAUAUAUGAAAAACUUGUUAAACAUGUGUUUUGCGAAAUGAAAAAAAAAAAAAACAUUGACUACUGAAUGUUUUUAUCUUUAAGCUGUUACAUAAUUGCACUUGAAGCAUGAUUGUUUGACUCGUACACAUGUCGUCAGUUAGCUGGUCGCUUGUAUUGUAUAUGUCCUAUAUCACGGGUGUCCAAAGUGACGCCUAUAUUUUUAAAAUAUUAUUUAACAAAAAAAAUUUACCAUAAUAAAUUCAAAAUAGUAAAAAAAAAUGCAAUUUAAGAAAAAACAAGUUGUAAUUUUAUGAGAAUAAGGUAAUAAUAAAGACAAAUUGAUAACUGAACAUAUCUAUUUCUUUCUGGGGCUGUCAUGGUUGCCGUCUUGGUGGCAGAAUGAGAGCUCUUUCCUUCUUAAGCCUAUAUUUUUAAAAUAUCAUUUAACAAGAAAAAUUGACAUUUUUUUUUACCAUAAUAAAUUCAAAAUAGUCACAAAAAAGUUGCAAUUUUAGAAAAAAAACAAGUUGUAAUUUUAUGAGAAUAAGGUAAUAAUAAUAAAUAUUUAUUUCAUUUUUCGAUAUGUGGUCCUUAGGGGAAAAAGUUAGGACACCUCUACCUUAUAUGAAUGCCUUUAUUGAUGUUGGUGCUUUUACUUGAAUUUAUUGUAUUAUUCCUCAUUUACUGUGGUUCAGGGUUUUUGUUUUUAAAGUUACAUAAAAACUUCACUGCAUUAAACUUCAAGGGUUUUUUUUUUUUCAUUUGAACCGUUGCCGUCAAUCAAAUUUCAUAAUGUAUUUAAUAAAAAAAAAAUUCAGACUUCAA